AUGCCUACCCGGCUGUUUCCUGAUAACUAUCUUGCAGCGGUAAAAUUAUGUCAACAGAAACAAAUGGAACUGUUAGCAAUCGAAUCACAAGGAGAAUUGGAAGCAGUCACCAAAUUCGUUAAGAGCUUAGCUACAGAUAACAAAACAUGCUUCUGGACAUCUGAUAGCAAACUCAGCAGUGAUAAAGACUUCAUCGUGCUGUCUACUGGAGAAAAAGUAUCCGUCCUCAACUGGGGUAGUGGAGAGCCAAACACAAACAUUAAAUAUUAUGCAGUGUGCAAAAGCAAAGGUGGAAUUGUACAUUAGAAGGUUGAAUAGGUUUAAUGAGAUGUGAA